CAGGAGCAUCUCUCGCCCUCCAUGGUUUCCGUGGCUGCAAUUCCACCCUUUGCGGAUCCGUUGUUCCUUCCGUUCAGGUAUCCGCCUCUCUUGUGAAGAAAGCUCCUCCUUCUCUUCCACCCUCGCCGGAGAAUUGCAAAGGGAGGGAACUUGCUCUGGACUUCCUUGGGUGGCCCCUCCGCAAGUACAUUGGCCCUCCCGCACAAUUCCCAGUGGAGCUGCCCUUCGGGCAGUUCUGGGGAAGGAGACCAUGGGAGCUGGGGCGAGUCCGCCGAGGACCCCCUGCUGGCCCAGCAACUGGCAUUCCCGUGCGAACACCUGAGACACUUCCGGAGAUGAAGUGCACCUUUGCCAGGGCUGAGUAGACGCAGUUGGGCAGGUUUGCUGCUGAGCUGGUUUGGCCAGUGCUCUGGAGAUGGGAAGCUACAUGUCUGCCUGGGCUUAUGUCACGCCAAGGAAGCCCUUUUGCUGCUCCGAGUGCCAGGACCUCCUCACCAACUGGUACUACGAGAAGGAGGCCAAGCUGUACUGCCCCAAGGACUACUGGCGGAAGUUUGGGGAGUCUUGCCACGGCUGCUCGCUGCUGAUGACGGGGCCCGUCAUGGUGGCUGGAGAGUACAAGUACCACCCGGAGUGCUUUGCCUGCAUGCAGUGUAAAGCGAUCAUUGAAGAUGGUGACUCCUACGCUUUGGUGCAGCACUCGGCUCUCUACUGUGGCAAGUGCCAUAACGAGUUUGUGCUGACUCCAAUGCUCGAGCGACUGUCAGCAGAGCCCCUGUGCGAGCAGCUGCCGUAUACCUUGACGCUUCUCUCCAUGCCUGCAGCCACCGAUGGCAAAAGGGGGUUCGCUGUGGCUGUGGAAGGGGGCUGCUCCCCCUAUGCUGCUACCGUGGAAGUGAAGGAAGUCAACCGAAGGCACAUCAGCCCCGAUGUCCAAAAUGCCAUUCACCCCGGGGACAAAAUUCUGGAGAUCAAUGGAAACCCAGUCCGCACACUGCAAACUGAAAAGGUCAAAGAACUGAUUCACAAGACGAAUCAAACCCUUCAGCUGUUAAUCGAACACGAUCCGGUCUCUCAGCGUUUGGACCAGUUGCGCCUGGACUCCCGGCUGUCCGGAGGCAAUAAGAAGCCCUCCACCCCUUCUAUUUCUGCCUUGGAGCUCAAGGAGAACCUGGAAGGGACCCUGCGGCGGCGUUCCCUCAGGCGAAGCAACAGCAUCUCCAAGUCCCCUGGGCCCAGCUCCCCUAAGGAACCGCUCCUCCUGAGCCGCGACAUCAGCCGAUCGGAAUCCCUUCGCUCCUCUAGCAGCGGUUCUCAGCAGAUCUUCCGCCCCUGCGACCUGAUCCAUGGGGAGGUGCUGGGCAAAGGUUUCUUCGGCCAAGCCAUCAAGGUGACUCAUAAAGCCACAGGAAAGGUGAUGGUGAUGAAGGAACUGAUUCGCUGUGAUGAAGAAACCCAGAAGACCUUCCUAACCGAGGUGAAGGUGAUGCGCAGCCUGGAGCACCCCAAUGUCCUGAAGUUCAUUGGAGUCUUGUACAAGGACAAGAAGCUGAAUCUUCUCACCGAGUACAUUGAAGGGGGGACCCUGAAGGACUUCCUCCGGAACGUGGAUCCAUUUCCUUGGGAACAGAAGGUCAGCUUUGCCAAAGGAAUUGCCUCUGGAAUGGCUUACCUGCACUCCAUGCGCAUCAUUCACCGAGAUCUGAACUCCCACAACUGCCUGAUCAAACUGGACAACACAGUGGUAGUCGCAGACUUUGGCCUCUCUCGGCUGAUUGUGGAGGAGAGGAAGAGGCCCUCCCUGGAGAAGCCACUGGCCAAGAAGCGGACGCUGCGCAAGAGCGACCGGAGGAAGCGCUACACUGUGGUCGGGAACCCGUAUUGGAUGGCCCCCGAGAUGCUGAAUGGGCAGAGCUACGAUGAGACGGUCGAUAUCUUCUCCUUCGGGAUCGUGCUCUGCGAGAUCAUAGGACAAGUGUACGCCGACCCGGACUGCCUCCCUCGCACCCUGGAUUUUGGCCUCAACGUGAAGCUGUUCUGGGAGAAGUUUGUUCCCAUGGAUUGUCCUCCAGCCUUCUUCCCUCUGGCAGCCAUCUGCUGCCGGCUGGAGCCAGAGAGCAGGCCGCCGUUUUCCAAACUGGAGGAUUCCUUUGAAGCCCUUUCUUUGUACCUGGGAGAACUGGGCAUUCCCCUCCCUUCAGAACUGGAGGAACUGGACCACAGCGUGAGCGUGCAGUUUGGCCUGAUUCGGGGGGACAGGCACUCCGACGAUCUGACAUAAAUCCCACCUCUCGGCCUUCGCUGUGCGGCUUCUUUGCACGGAUCGUCCUGGAGGCAGCAGAAAAAGCCUCCAUCUCAGCUGGUUUUUGGUUUUUUUGGGGGGGCGGGGGUGGGGGGGACAACAGGAAGGCGGCCUCUUACUUCUCUCCACCACCGUCAGCCCCCAAGGGCACUUCCUGAAAGCACCGUUGUCUUCUUCACGCCACUCGCUUCUCAGUACAGAUGCUCUGCCUUUGGGGACCGAGUUCCCCGGAAUCCGGGUGUGGACCUGCCUUCCAACACGAUACACUACAGGUUGUGAUGCCUCCUAGUUGGGCUCACAAAGCAGAAGCCCACCAGGAUGCACACCUCGGGGUUGCCUUUGACUGUGACUCCCUGUUCUGCCAGAUCAGGCAAUGGGAGGGCGACCCGAUGGCGUGCACCCCCCACUCCAGAGGAGAACGGCUGAAUUUUGCAGUUCGUCUCCCAGGAACAGCUCCGGACCACCUUCUGUCUGGCCAAAGAACUCUUUACGCACUGUGGGGUAUUUCAUGUCUGCCCUGUGGCCCAAGCGCUGUAGGGACACAGACCUGGGUUGGGGGCACCUUCUCCAUUUGAGGGAUGGGGGGUUGAUGGAAAUGGAUCCCUGGAAAGGAAGCGCUUCUAUUCCCAAACUGGCCGGGGUGGAGCAAUCAACUUGGGCCGCAGAUCUGAAAGACUGGCGCGUUAUAGAGUCACUACCUCUGUCCUCCAUUUCAAGCCCCUCAGAGAAACACUUGGCUGGGUCCGCCUUUCCCCGCCCUCUUCCAGGUGGAGAGAGGAAGCUGCGCUGGUUGCAUCCCCCCCCCCUCUCUGCAAAAUACAUUCAGGGCUACUUAAAGGUUGGCAAUAUUUAGACCCCUGGACGUUGAACAUCUCCCAGCAGGUCUGGCCACACGUCCCAAGGUUGUGGGUUAUAGUUCACUGGUAUCUGGAGGGUCUUCUAUUUCCCCCCCCACACCCUUUCAUGCUACAAGAAAUCGAAAUUAUACACUGGUCUAGGGUGCGAGUGCACCAAGUCUGGUGCAUCUUAGACCAGAUUUCAUUUCAUUCUUAAAAGGUGCGCACAAGCACAUGCACUAUAAACGGGCCAGCUACAGGAAACCUGGAUCAUGCGGUCAAGAAAGAUGACGUGACUGUUCUAAGCGCACCAAUUUUUGUCUAAAUUAAAAGCAAUAAACUUU